AUGCGAUACAUUUACGACGAGCAGGGCGUUACUUUUAACUAUUUUAUAUUAACGUUUUUAUCAUUAUUUCUUAUUCCAACCACUCUUUCUUUGUUUUUGAAUAAGAAUAAGGAUUCGACAUUACGCAAAUCUACUUGCAAUUGUGAAGCAUGUUUACGUAAAGAAAAUUUUCUGAAAAAUCGUAAAACGAGUCUAUCCGAUCGUAUCAACAAAAAGGCUAUUUUUGCUGCAGUCGGAUGGGUAUUCUUUGCUUAUUUAAUUUACCAGAUUACAACCGUAAAAUUUGAAAUUGAUGUAUGGGACCCAUAUGAAGUAUUGGGCAUUUCUGAGGGUUCAACACUUCCACAAAUUAAAAAACAUUUCAAAGAGCUCAGUAGAAAAUGGCAUCCUGACAAGGCCCCAGCAGAUCAGAAAGCUGAAUAUGAAAGUAAAUUCAUUGACUUUACUAAAGCCUAUAAAGUAUUGACUGAUGAUGAUAUACGCAAAAAUUAUGAGGAAUGGGGUCAUCCCGAUGGUAAACAAGCUUAUUCUUUGGGUAUUGCCCUACCGACAUGGUUGAUCGAAGCCAAAAAUAGUCCAUUUGUGCUAGGUAUUUAUGCUCUUGCGUUUGGAAUAGGCCUUCCCUUCUUUGUAGGUCGAUGGUGGUAUAGUUCUAAUUCUUAUACCAAGGAUAAGAUUAGAACUCAUACAAUGGACUUGUAUUUCAAAGAAUUGAGAAAUAAUUCCACCAUAAGGCAGAUAUUAGAUUUGCUUUCUGCCUCAGUGGAAUAUAAGGAAUUGGUGGAACAGCGAGCAUCAGAUGAAACAUUGUUACCACAAGUAACAUCGUCAGUGAAAGAAGAAUUGGACAAAAGAUUUAGUGAAAAAUAUCAGAUGAGCAAAAGAUACACCGCACCAUAUUGUCAAAAAGCAAAUGCAUUGCUUCAUGCUCAUUUAUUGAGGGUCAAUUUUUCUGAUGAAGAUUUGUUGAAAGAUAAAUAUUUUAUUGUAGAGCGUUCUAUACACCUUAUCAACGGUAUACUUGAUAUUGCAUUAGCACAUCGUUGGCUUCAAACAAGUUUACGUUGCAUGGAGCUUUCACAACUUUUAGUUCAAGCAAUGUGGUUUCAAGAGAAUAUGCUUGUUCAAUUACCUUACAUUAAUCAGGAUGUAUUAAAAACAAUGAAGAUAAAAAAAAAAAACAUAAGAAAUAUUGCACAACUUCGCGAUUUAAGUGAAGAAGAAAGAAACAAUGUAUUCAAAGGAUCAUUUUCUCCCUCUGAAUAUGACUCUCUUAUGCGAAUCGCUAAAUUAUAUCCACUUUUACAAGUAGAUCGCGCAUAUUUCAAAGUUGUUGGAGAUAAGAUUAUAACACCUGGAUCCAUCGUUACUUUAAUUAUUAAGCUUAGAAUAGUGAAUUCAAAAUCAAAAGCCGAGGAAAUUAAAAUGAAUGGAGUUAGUAAUGAUGACGACGAUGAUGAAGAAGAAAAAGGUAGUUAUCUUGAUAGUGAAGAUGAAUUGUUAUAUGGUGGAAACAAAAAUAAACAAAUUUCGAACGAAAAGAACGAUUUUGUACAUGCACCCUAUUUAUCAAGAGACAAAAAACCAUAUUGGUGGAUAUUUAUGGCAGAUGAUAAAAAAGAUAAAAUUAUUAUUGAACCAAUGAAGGUCACAGAUAUUGUUACAACUAGGACAAUUAAACGUCAAUUUCAAGCACCACAAGAACCAGGUUUAUAUUCGUUUGUUGCAUAUAUUAAGAGUGAUUCAUAUGUUGGUACUGAUAUAAGAAAAGAUUUAAGGCUUGAUGUUAAAAAAUUAUCAGAACUUCCUCCAGAAGAGGAACUUGAUGAUGAUAUUUCAGAACCUGAGGAAGAUUCUCUUGCGGGACAAAUGAAAUUAAUGAGAGAACAAGGAUUUGCAGCUGCAGUGGCAGGAGGAGGUGGAGAUCAGAAAACGAAGAAAGAGGAUGAUGAUAGUGAUAGUAGUGACAGUGAUGAUGAUUAA